AUGGCUCCAGAUCCAAAACCUCCAGGUCGCAAACGCGGCCGCCCUCCAAACGCGUCAAAGCCGACCACCAGCGCGUCGCAGGAUCGCCCUGACGAGUACGAAGCCGACGUUGAGGAAGCUGCGCGUCCGAAGCAGCGAGGACGACCCAAGAAGAGCGCCGAUGCCGUCGAACAGUCCCCGCCACAGGAGGAGGCUCCUAAAAGGAAGCGCGGUCGGCCGUCUCUAGACUCAAAAGAUGGUGACGCGACAUCAGAAGCGCAGCCCAAGCGGAAACGCGGUCGGCCUUCGCUUGAGAAGCAGCAGAAUGAAGAGGAGGUUAUAGAGGACGCGCCGAAGCCGAAACGAGGGAGGCGUCCGAAGCCCACCGAGGAACAGCAGGAGGAGGAGCCAGAUGAGGACGAGGUUGUUGAGAACGCAGAGAAGCCAAAGCGCCGCGGGCGCGCAAAAUUCACCGAGGAAGAACAUAAUGAGGAACAACAGAAUGAGGAAGAAGUGGUAGAGAACGCUGGGAAGAAGAAGCGAGGCAAGCGCACGAAACCUACCGAGGAAGAACAGCAACAGGACGAGGACGAGGUUACGGAGGACACAAGAAAGCAGAAGCGAAAAGCGCGUUCAAAGGCGACAGAGGACGAACAGCCCGAGGAGGAGGAGGAGGAGCAACAACCACGCAAGCGAGGCCGCAAGGCAACCCAGCAACAAGAACCAGAACCCGAAGCAGCAGGGCCCGCGCCCAAGAAGAGGCGUCGACGCGAAGCGCCUGCCGAAGAGGAGCCCGAGGAAGAACAGACUGUUCGACGAAGCCCGCGAAACUCUUUGCGCGACCUUGGUCCUGAGAGUGUCCAUAACAAGGGCGCCGAGGGAGCCAAGUCGAAGAAGAAGGGUCGAGCAUCAAAUACACGAGAAGAGGAAGCCGAGAAUCAGCAAGAUGAAACACAGCCAAAGAAACGUGGCCGACGGAAGGGAUCGAGGCCAUCAACCGAGAACGCAGAAGCAGCCAAAGAACAGGAACAGGAACAACAAGACAACACCAACAAACGUCGUCGUCGUACUAGCAAAGAAGCCGCCUCCUCUUCAGACGAAGAACUCCCAUCACCGCCAAAGCCAUAUCCUCACAUCGCCCCUUAUACCCGCACCAUCAAAUCCUCAACCAUCGCCGCAAAAUGGUCGCCCCUCACAGGUGCAUCCCUCCCCGCCGCCUCAUCGAUCCUCACCCUCGCCCACCAACCUAUCCUCCAACGCACAUCAUCAACCCGCAACCGUCGCACCCAUGCCUCAGCAGCACUUCAUCUCGUCUCACGCCGCAUAGAGCGCAAGCUCGCCCGUGGUCUACCCUUCCCACCCGCCUCUUCAUCCGGCGGUGCGCGCACGGGGAGACGAAGAGGUGCAGACGCUGACGGCGGACGUGCCCUCGAGCUCGACUUUGAAGCCGUACUGGACGGGAAGACGGCAUUAGAGAGACAGCUCGUUCCGGCGAAGCAUGCGGUUGAGCUGCUCCGGGCAGAGAAGGCGAGGAUGGAGCAAGAGUUGGAGGAUGACUAUGAAAAGCUGCGCAAGCUAGAGGCCGACGCGAGGGCGCAGACAAGAGAACGAAAGGAUUUGUAUCGCAAAGCGCACGUGUUGGCGCCUACAUCGCAACCUCUACCGAAAGACCCAGACAACACUAUCACAACCGAUGACGGUGACUCUUCAAGCAGUCUCAAGUAUCUCGUCGAUACACCUCUUGAACCGCUGGCCCUACAACUUGCCGGUCACGUUGAGAGCAUCCGCGGUAACCUCCAGCAGGCUGAUGGAGUUGCACCUCAGCUCGCACGCACAAAGGCGGCUCUGCAGGACGUGUUGCAUCGGUACCUGGACAGUGGAGCUUACGAGCAGGUCCUUUUGGGAUAG